AUGAGCGACAGUUCCACACUACAACGCUCAGGGGUGGAUUUCAGGCCGUAUCUGGAUGUGGCAAGGAAGAUCGGCGGCGGCAUAGUCAUGCUGAUCCUCACGUUCAUCGGCUUGACCGCAAUCACCUUCAUCAUUGGCCGGAUCAUGCCCAAUGAUCCCGUUGUUGCCAUUGUUGGCGACCGCGCCUCGAAAGAAGUCUACGAGGCUAUGUACCUCCAGCUCGGUCUCGACAAGCCGAUCUGGCAACAGUACCUCAUAUUUAUUGGCGACAUUCUGCGUGGGGAUUUCGGAAGUUCGGUCAUGACCGGACAACCGGUUCUUGAAGACAUCAAGCGCUUUUUCCCGGCAACGCUCGAGCUGGCCACCAUCGCGACGAUCGCCGGAAUUGUUAUCGGUGUUCCAGCCGGUGUUCUGGCUGCUGUGCGGCAGGGAACACUGAUAGAUCACGUCGUCCGGAUUGUCGGAUUGCUUGGCCAUUCCAUUCCGAUUUUCUGGCUUGGUAUGGUCGCGCUGCUGGUUUUCUAUGCCAAACUCGAUUGGGUUGCGGGUCCUGGCCGGAUUGAUUUCUUCUACGAUGGUAUCGUGGAACCGGUGACCGGCGUUAUCAUGAUCGAUGCUGCAAUGGCCGGAGAGUGGGACGUCUUCAAGAAUGCGCUCUCGCACGCGAUCCUGCCCGCGUCGAUGCUGGCGAUCUACUCGCUGGCAUAUAUCGCGCGCAUGACGCGCUCCUUCAUGCUGGACCAGCUCAAUCAGGAAUAUGUGCUCACCGCCCGGGUCAAGGGCCUGCGCGAAGGAACCGUGAUCUGGUAUCACGCUUUUCGAAACGUCCUGGUUCAGCUGAUUACGAUCAUUGGCCUGACCUAUGCCAGUCUUCUGGAAGGAUCCGUCCUGACAGAAACCGUGUUCGCCUGGCCGGGUAUCGGCCAGUACAUCACCAAUUCGCUGUUCAACGCCGACAUGAAUGCGGUUAUCGGCGGCACGCUGGUAGUCGGGAUUUCAUUCGUAUUCAUCAAUAUGCUGUCCGAUUUGCUCUACCGGAUAGUCGAUCCGAGGGCAAAAUAA